AUGCUUCGUGAGAACUCCCCGCCACAGCGACCUACCCGCCUCGCGCGGGAUGAACAAUCCUCGCUCCCGCUCUCGCCCACUCCCUCACCCACUCGCAGCGCUUCGCCGGUCAAGUCGCCGUUGUUUCGCCAUCCAGUUCAAUCUCGGUCGCUUUCAAAGUCGCCUGAUCGGUCCGUGGAGUAG